AUGCCUUUAAAAAGUUUAAAGUAUGGUCAGCAAUUGUUGCGCAAUUUCCGCACCUAUAAAGCAAGGCAAAGGCGAAAACAAGAAAAUUCUAAUUUUACAUCCAAUGAAAUGAACAAUAUCGAUAAAGUGUGGGGAAAUGAAAUGAUGGUUGACCAAGAAAUCAUCAGAAGCAGUAUUGGAACAAGAGAUGAAGAGAACAGAGUUAAAUAUGUUGAUAAAAAUUUCUAUUUGAACAGUAAUGAACUGAAAUCUGAUGAUAUGAAUAUUGAUAAAGAUUUCUGGUCAGAAAAUGUCGAAAUGAGUAACAUUGAAAAUGAGGGCAGUGAAAAACCUACGGAAAAUGAUGCAAAUAAUGCAAAUAAUGCAAAUAAUGAACGUUUGAUUUUAGAUGUAAUGAUACCUUUAUACGAGAAAAUUCUUAAAAUUAUGGAAAACGAAAACAUUGACAUAAAUAGUAUAAUUUCCUUGUGUGGCAAUGGAAACUUCGAUUUUUAUCAAGAUCAAAAGCUUAAUGGUGAUUGUGGCAAAUCAACAGAUUAUUUUUGCGCUGAAGGAUAUAAAGAGUGGAAUAAUUUUAACAUGAAUUUUGAACAUGCUGAGACUGAUAGCGCACAUAACCCAAAUAACCAACUGCAAAAUAAUAAUCCAGAUUUACAAAAUAAUCAAAAUAAUCUGAAUUCUUUUGGUCAAGAAUCAAGUACAAAGUCCAUUCCAAUUUUCAAGGAUACAAAUAACAACGGAAACAACGGUUUUUAUUUUCCAAAAUACCACAAAAUUAAUCAUUACAAUGAAACGAACGAUAAAAGUCGUUUAAAAGAAAAUUAUAUUGAUGCUAGUGAACCAGUAACUAUUUCAUUUCCUUCUCAUCAACCUCAUCAACAUCCUGAUAAAAACCCUAACGGAUUUUGGUCAGUUGGUGAUUCGGUAUUAACGUUUAAUACUUGGGCACCCUGGAAAGAUAAAGAUGAGUUUGAUUAUGAAUUAGAUAAAUUGCUUAAAAAAUAUAAGGCAGAAGUAACACAUCGAUUUACAAUGGACGGUGUGAUUAGUUGA